AUCGGAUUCUGCAAAAGUUUGCCUCGCCGCCAUGGAAAGGUCUCGGGGGCUGCCACUGUUACUGCUGCUGUUGCUACUACUGGCCUCCUCCGCCGAAGGUCUUGCUAGUGGAAUAAGAGAAGCAAAGGAAUUUGGCUUGACAACAUCUACAAAGUCAUAUUCACAUGAAAUGGACUCAGUUGGUGUACAACCGGUAGCCCAGUCCUUUCUGCCCCGGUUAAAUUAUACUUCUCCAGUCAGUGCACUGUCAUCUCCUAUGGAUUCCAGGCUUGCAAAGAUCAAUACGGUCACCUCAUCAGGAGAUCAUGCAGGUCAUCUUCUCCGGUCAAUUAAGUUUAAUCCUACAGUAGGAACUAUACUAAGCGCUGAACAUAUGGACAUCAAAUUUAAUUGCUCGAUCAAUGUUCCCAAGUCACUGGUCAACCAAGACUUCCCACUUUUUACCUUGUGGAAGAAUGGGAAGGAAAUUCUUGAUGUUGGCAGGAUAGCCAGCCAAUAUUACCAGUUUGAUGAUAAUGAAAUAACCACUAUGAAAGCUGCUUUCAG